AUGAGCGGGGUGUGGGGGGCCGGAGGGCCUCGGUGCCAAGCGGCGCUCGCAGUCCUGGCCUCGUUGUGCCGGGCCCGGCCGCCCCCUCUCGGGCUGGACGUGGAGACUUGUCGGAGCUUCGAGACACAGACCCCAGAGCGGAGUCCGAGCGCGGCCCACGCAGGCACCUCUGUCGGCCUCCUUGCAGUGGUAGUUAUUGUGUGUGGCGUGGCCCUGGUGGCAGUUUUUCUCUUUCUCUUUUGGAAGCUGUGCUGGAUGCCCUGGAGGAACAAGGAGACCUCCAGCCCCUCUUCUGCUAAUAUCCCUCUGGAAGCCCUCCAGAGCCCUAUCUCCAGAGGCACCAUGGCAGACAAGCUGAAGGACCCCAGCACCCUGGGCUUCCUGGAGGCAGCCGUGAAGAUCAGCCACACGUCCCCAGAUAUCCCAGCUGAGGUGCAGAUGUCAGUCAAAGAGCACAUCACGCGUCACACACGGCUGCAGCGACAGACCACAGAGCCAGCGUCAUCCACCAGGCACACGUCCUUCAAGCGCCACCUGCCGCGGCAGAUGCACGUGUCCAGCGUGGACUUCGGCAACGAGCUGCCGCUGGCCGCGGAGCAGCCCACCAGCAUUGGGCGCAUCAAGCCCGAGUUGUACAAACAGAAGUCGGUGGAUGGGGACGAGGCCAAAUCCGAGGCCGCCAAGAGCUGCGGGAAGAUCAACUUCAGCCUGCGCUACGACUACGAGACGGAGACCCUGGUCGUGCGCAUCCUGAAGGCCUUCGACCUCCCUGCCAAGGACUUCUGCGGCAGCUCCGACCCCUACGUCAAGAUCUACCUCCUGCCCGACCGCAAAUGCAAGCAGCAGACGCGGGUGCACCGCAAGACCCUGAACCCCACCUUCGACGAGAACUUCUACUUCCCCGUGCCCUACGAGGAGCUGGCUGACCGCAAGCUGCACCUCAGUGUCUUCGACUUCGACCGGUUCUCCCGCCAUGACAUGAUCGGCGAGGUCAUCCUGGACAACCUCUUUGAGGCCUCCGACCUGUCCCGGGAAACCUCCAUCUGGAAGGACAUCCAGUACGCCACGAGCGAAAGCGUGGAUUUGGGGGAGAUCAUGUUCUCCCUCUGCUACCUGCCCACCGCAGGCAGGCUCACCCUCACAGUGAUCAAAUGUCGGAACCUCAAGGCGAUGGACAUCACAGGCUAUUCAGAUCCAUAUGUCAAGGUGUCCCUGCUUUGUGAUGGGCGGAGACUGAAGAAGAAGAAAACCACCAUAAAGAAGAACACGCUCAAUCCUGUCUACAACGAGGCCAUUAUCUUCGACAUUCCGCCAGAGAACAUGGACCAAGUCAGCCUGCUCAUCUCGGUUAUGGAUUACGAUCGAGUGGGCCACAAUGAGAUCAUAGGAAUCUGUCGUGUGGGCAUCAACGCCGAAGGCCUGGGCAGGGACCACUGGAACGAGAUGCUGGCGUACCCGCGGAAGCCCAUCGCACACUGGCACUCCUUGGUGGAGGUAAAGAAAUCCUUCAAAGAGUGGCAGGGCCGAGCCGCCAGCUUCGACAGCGAGAGCUCGUGUCCCUCUCCGAAGCCACCUCCAACACCAUGAGCUGCACGGCCCGGUGACACAACGGGACUCAGCACU